CGUCCUUAUCACGUCGCAUUGCUAUGAGCCUCGCCUUGAAAUCAAAUCUAUUGUAUCCUACAAACCCUCUUAUUGAACAAUUCUGCCAACCUCAACCUUUAACUAGCUCUUUACCCGGGGAGUGGCUCCAACAAUUGUAUAGCCAUGGUGGAUCUUUCGGCCGAAGAAUUCAGUCCAGAGUACUUGACGGAGUAUCGAGGCACAGCGCCAAUGGUGAUAGCAGUUACGUUCAUAACAUUGGAGAUCUUGUUUACUGCUCUACGAUACUGGACUCGUUAUCAAGGCCACAUUAAAUGGGGUGCGGAUGAUUAUCUCAUGAUUCCAGCUUGUAUACUUUGCCUUUCGAUUUGUGCCGUUGUUAUUGUAUCGCUCAAGCAUACUGGUGUUGGACACCAUAUGGCCGCUCUCGAUCCUCAACAAAUUCUGCUGCUUACCAAGUUCCAACUCAUUCUUCCUCCAGUAUACUUUGCCGCCGUCUUGUUUCCCAAACUUGCAAUCAUAGCGCUCUACCUCCGGAUCUUCCUUGACGACCUUCAACGUAUGGCGACCUGGACAAUCGCUGGCAUCCUCACAGACGUCGCCAUGCUCCUGCUCCCAUUACCGGUAGUGUGGUCACUCCACGGUUCUAGGACCUUGCAAGUUGGAAUAGCUAUAACAUUUGCUACAGCCAGUGUCGGCCUUAUUGGUGCAAUUCUUCGCUUUGUUGGAUUCUUCAACCAAAAUGAAGCAAAUGACUUCUCUUGGGACGCAGCUCCACUAAUGGUCUGGGCUGUUGUGGAAACAGGCGCCUACCUCAUUGCUGCUUGUCUCCCCUCACUUCGCCCUUUGAUUGUGUCUGUACGGAAGCGAACUCCAUUCUCACAGUCUAUUUCGAGAAUGGAGGAGGUAGCUACAACGGGCGGUGGUGAGGGGGGCAUCCUGUCGCAUGAAAGACAUCGCUCUGAUUUCGAGUAUUCUGUCAAUAAAUUGGAUGAGCAAAUUGGACAGAUUGGGGCACAGUGUACCUCAAAAGCAGAGACUGGCGUGCGACUUGAUUCAAAUGAGAUCACGGUCAGCGUUGAACAUCAGUCUCAAGUCGCAUCGGGCUGAGUAUAGAUGCAUUCGGCGAACCUUUGAGAGUAAGGGACGAGAUUGAUUGCAUGGG